UGUCAAUUGUAUUUGUAUUUUAUUUUGUAUUGUAGAGAAUUUGUAGCAUUGUAACUUAGCUGUACAAACAAGUGAAACAAGCCUAAGUUUUUAGUUAAAAGUUUUGUUAAAGUUAAGUAGUCAACAUUCAAAGUUACACCCCAUCCAUAGCCGUGUGAUUUGUGUUAUGUUGGAAAUAGGAGCCAACUGUAUUCUUAUACAUUAUUUUAAUUGUGUCGACAAAUUGAAAUAGACAUUGGCAUAAUAACAAUGACUGCUCCCAUGGAGAGAAUACAAACACUUGAUGCCAUAGAAAAGGACAUAAUUUUGUGUUUACAAAGUGCAGGACAUGCUCUUAUGGAACUUAGUAAAGACAAAUCAAGCCUAAAACAAGCAGAAAGCCACUCCAAUCAGUUCCUCAAAACCCUACACCAUGUGGAAUCAAAACUUACAGAGCAGAUUAACUAUCUCACUCAAGUAUCAACAGGCCAACCACAUGAAGGGUCAGGUUAUGCUUCUCAGAAGGUGCUUCAGAUGGCCUGGCAUCGUUUGGAACAUUUACGCAGCCGAGUAAACGAGCUAGAACGUAUCAAGAACAAACAGCUGCAGUCUAGAGGCAUCAUGAGACCAGCACCUCCUAUGGGCCAACCUAUGAACCAGUGAAGUCUGAUUAUGAGUGUUUUGUGAUUUCUCAAUGUAACUUUUGUGUAUAGCCUAAUAUUGUUUUGUUAGAGAGUAAAGACAUCAAUGUGGUUUUCAAGUGAAAUAUACUGGUUUUUCCUAUGCUA